AUGAAUUUCUUGGGCGAUAUCUUAGCGCAGAUCACCUUUGCAAGGGUCGUCCUCUACAGCAUUUUGUUUUUACUUAUUUCUUUCAUUGUCGACUUGCUUACUCAACCUCAGUAUCCUUCUGACAUUCCUGUUCUUGGUCACGACUCCAAGAAAUGGUUCUCUAGAAUUCGAAAUAGUUUUGCCUACUUUACUCAGCAUCAGGCAUGGAUUGGUGAAGGUUAUGAAAAGUAUGGCAAAAAUGGCCUACCCUUUAUUGCUCCAUCGCCAAUCUCUCGUCCUCCUGAUGUUAUCCUCCCCAGGUCGCAAAUACCAUGGAUGAUGAACCAGCCCGACCACAUCCUCUCCGCAGCUCACGCCCAUGAUAAGAUCCUACACACAGAGUACAACUUUCUCGGCAAGGAACUUCUCAAGGAUACCUUUGCGCAACGCGUUAUGCACAAGUAUCUAGCUCGCCAUCUCUCAUCGCUAGUCCCAGCUGUCCAGGACGAGGUCAAGAGCUCCGUCAAGGAUGCUGUCGAGGCAAAGAUCAAAGCAGCUGCCGAGAAGGACCACAGUAACGUCGACAACCAAGGCUACACCAAAGUCAACAUAUGGGAUUUGUGGCUUGCCAUCGUUCCUCGAGUUACGAACCGUCUUCUUGUGGGCGACACGAUAUGCCGUGAUCCUAUUUUCAUAGAUUCUAUGGUGCGCUUCACAGAUGACGUUGUCCGGAACAGUUUCUUGCUACACGCUUUCCCCCAAGUUCUCCAUCCUAUUGUCGGCCGUCUCAUCACCAUCCCAAAUUACCUUCAUUGGCGUGCAGCUACGCGUCGUGUGCUGCCGACCAUCGAAAAGCGCAUAGAAGACAUGCGACGCAAAGAAGUUGGCGAUCCCGAAAUGAAGAGCUGGACACCUCCAGAAGAUUAUAUAACUUGGCAUGUUCGUCUUGCCAUGGCGGAGGGGAACACAUUUGAGCUCAAUCCAUAUGUCAUCUCUAAGCGUCUUCUGCCUAUAAACUUUGCAGCUAUUCACACAACUGUACUAACUGGCCAGUCCUGGAUGUUGGAUCUCUGGUCCCUCCCGGCCUCUGAACGCGCUCUUGAUACCAUUAGAGAUGAACUCGAGACGAACAAACCGGUAGAGGGUCCCUGGACGAAGCAAAACCUCGCUUCCCUCAUGAGACUCGACUCAUCAUUUCGCGAAUCCCAGCGCCUGAGUAACUUUGCAGCAAAUCUUGUCGAACGGCAGGUAAUUGCGCCUGAGGGUCUUCAUAACCCCGAUUAUGGGUGGACGUUACCUCGUGGUGCUUUCGUUACUGUGAAUCUUCAAGGGACACAUCAUGAUGAGGGUAUUUACAAAGACGCUAUGAAAUACUUUCCGUGGAGGUACUCGAAUCCUAGAGAAACCUGGGAAGCGAAGUCGGCCGACGAGAAGAAAGAGAAUGAGGAGGAAGGGAAGAGAAUAAGAGGUCUGGGAAUGGUGACUACUAGUGAUAUUCACUUGGCGUUUGGCCAUGGUCGACACGCAUGGUAA